UUCGCAUCCUGAGUCAGUCACCCGAAAGCAAGUCUUAGGAAUAGGAGGAUUGUGGCUGUGCUGCUUCCCAUAACUCGUCCUUCAGGAUGGCGUCCAUGGCUGCUGCCAACCGGCUGAAGGUGGCUCUGGAGGAGGGGAAGGCGCCCGCCAUGGGGUGUUGGCAGAUGAUCCCAGGCAGCAACGUCUCCAGAGUUCUGGCUAGAACCGGAGUUGACUGGGUGCUGGUCGACUGCGAACAUGGGAAUAUGGACGAUGCCGCGAUGCACGAAGCCGUACCUGCCAUAGCAGCUUGUGGGGUAAGUCCCAUUGUCAGGAUUCCAGAUAAUCAAGGUUUCAUGGUAAAGAGAGCGUUAGAUGCGGGUGCCCAUGGUGUCCUUGUCCCUCUCCUGUAUACCGCCGACGAUGCGAGGAAGCUUGUGUCGAGCGCCAAAUUCCCGCCUCAGGGAGUCCGUGGGUUCGGCAGCCCCUUUCCCAUGGAGAGAUUCCAUCCAUCUCUAAGCUCCGGGGACUACUUGCAGCAAGCAAAUGAUGCCAUCCUCACAAUUGUCCAGAUAGAGACCAAGGAAGCGCUCGAGAACGUUGACGAAAUUGCGGCGGUUCCAGGUAUAGAUGUUCUCUUUGUUGGACCUUUCGAUCUUGGUAAUAAUAUCGGACAUCCAAUUAUCAAUGGCAAUAUGCACGAUGACUUGCACGCAGCAAUCUCGAAAGUCCUGAAAGCGGCCAACGCCGCGGGAAAGAAAGCCGGAAUCUUCUGCACUUCCGGAGAGCAGUCCAAAAGAUACGCCGAUGAAGGCUUCCAUAUGAUAAGCGUAGCCACGGACAUGCACGUUUUGCCAGCCGGGGUGAUUGACGCAUUGAAUAAGGCAAAGGGUCUGGGUCCUGGGCCAAAACUGACGGGCCCUUAUGGUAAAUAGAGGCGAAGAACCCAUAAUUAUAAUUCAGAUAUGCUUGGGAUCAAAUCAGCUGAGCUCCGUAUGUCAGUGAGAGAGCACCCGCGGGAAAGUCAGCCAAAUGACCCGAGCCCGGGAAUGUCACAUUGUAGAGUGAGAAUCAUCGGACCCGUAAUUCAAG